AUGGGUUCAGGUCCCUCAACAGAAGGCAUAGAAGAGCAAUGGGAAAAGCUGGAGAAAGAUUUGGAGAAGGAGAAUAAUGAUUUCACUAAACUGACAGAACGGACUGUUCAGAAGCUGAAUUUAUUAAUGAAUGCCAAACUUGACAUCGCCAUCACAGGGCUGACGGGUGCUGGUAAAUCAUCACUUGUCAAUGCCCUUCGAGGAAUGACAGACGAUGAAGAAGGUGCAGCUGAGGUUGGGGUAAUACAAACAACCCUGGAGAGAAAGCAAUAUCCACAUCCCAAAUUCCCAAAUGUAACACUAUGGGAUCUUCCAGGAGUUGGGACAUGUGAAGUUAAAGCACAGGAAUACCUGCAGAAGGUACAUUUUACGGAGUAUGACUUUUUCAUCAUCGUUGCCUCUGUUCAAUUCACAACAAAUGAUGUUAUGCUGGCCAAAGAAAUUCAUAAAAUGAAUAAGAAAUUUUACUAUGUGCGCACUAAAGUGGAUACCGAUAUAGAGUCUGAAAGAAGGCGACAAAACUUCAGUGAGGAAAAAACCCUUGAGAAGAUAAGGAAAUAUUGCUGUGAUAAUUUGGCCGAGGCAGGGGAAUUUCAUCCAAGAGUUUUUCUUGUCUCUAGUCAUUAUUGGAGUAGGUAUGAUUUCCAGUCUCUACUAGAGUUCAUGGGAAAUGAACUGGAUGAACUCAAGAGAUAUGCAUUAAAAACAGCAUUCUCAAAUUCCUCAAAAGAAAUACUGAAACAGAAGAAGGCUGCUAUGAAGGCCUUAAUAGGGAAAGUAGCCCGUCGAUCUUCUACUAUGGGGGCCAGGCCAGUCCCAGGUCUUUCUCUUGUUUGCAAUAUUCCCUUCUUGAAGGAAAAAAUGAGAGAUUUCAGCACGGUCUUUGGCUUGGAUGAAGAUUCCCUCCAUCGACUUGCAAAAAAAGUUGGCAAACCUUUUCCUACGUUGAGUUCAGCAAUCAAGAAGACCAGAAUAGCAAGCAAAAUUGACAAUGAAUUUGUACAGACUCUAUUGAGUAGGAUGUUCAGAUAUGAAAGAAGAAGACGAUGGAAAACAUUUCUUUUUCAUUAUUAUUCUAGGUUGUUUUCUCGGUUUGGUAGAGCUAAGUCUUCUGCAGCUAUCUCCCACAUGCUGCAGAGAUUUCUGGAUGAUGCUGAGGAAGAUGCUGAGAACGUUUUGGCAAAAGCAGUUGGGAAUUAA